AUGUAUAGAGUCUCUGCAUCACCGAGGCGGGUACUCUGCGGAUACCACUCAACAUUCCUGCGUCGCUGCAAUGUGGCCUUGCUCGUCCCCUUCCGGCUCCUCAUGAUGGUGGUGCACUUCACCGCCCUCAUCUGCGCAGCGGACGGGAGUGAUGCGAUGAUACGAAACGCGUCAUUACUUCCAGGAUACGGAGAGGACGAUUACAUAUUUUUCCGUCGCGCAGCGGACGCGUGCCUUGCAGGUAGUUUCAUCUUCUUGUUCUUCAACUCUUGGGGUGUUUUCACUGCUCGCACCCUACGCUGGGGGCUCAUGAACGUAGUGCAUGGCUGUUGUCAUGCCACCGCGGCUGUCUUGCUAAUUGUCGCGUGGAGCGUGACGGCGCAUGUCGCCCGUCUGUGGCAUGUGUUCUUCAUUUUUAGUAUCAUCCCAACAGGACUGGAGGUCAUUGCUCUGUGCGAGUCGUAUAGUCGCGGCAUGGACAACUUCUUCUGA